UGACCAAUAACAUUUGCUUAUAACUACGGCUGCAACGAACAACAAGAACUACUUGCUCCUUCCUAAUCUUAUUAUUCUUUAUGUGAUCUGUGUGUCAUCUUCACAUUAUUAUUUACAACUUUCAAACCUUGCCAGUUUUUGACAUCCGAUGAAAAAAAGAAAUAUAUAUUUUUAUAAAUACAUAUUUUUAUAAAAUUUAAGUAUAUAUUUAAAUAUUAUAAAUAUUUCACAUUUGAGACAAGUGUUGCAGCGCCUAUGUUGUUGGCCUGUGCCAGUGUUGUCAGCGUGCCUGGAAAUAUUCCACCGUUACACCGAUUUUUUUGCAUUUUCACCCGGUUGUACAUGACUAUCACCAUGCCACAGCUCAAUUCGUCUAUUGAGACAAAACCACCUUCAAUCGAUCCCUGCGCAACAUCAUUUGUAUCUCAACGCAGCCAUGUGUCACAUCGUAGAUUAUACCUCAACCACCUCUCUUGUGCCUGCAUCAAUGGAGUAAGAUGUCAAUGUCGAGGGAAAUCCACUGUUGUAGCUAAAGUGAGCAAAUCGCGUCGUCGAUCAAACAAGUCCUGUCUUACAUUCUUGACAACAGUAGCAGGAUUCAUAGCUGUAGCUGCAUCUGCCCAAUCAGCAGAGGCAGCUCCCGCCCCGGGAGACGUCGUGUCUACAACUCCUCCAUCGCAGUCUACACCCACGGCUACACAGGCUCCGCCCGCUGCCGGGUCUCCUGCCACAGCCAGCAAUCCCGUCUCCAGUAUCCCGAUCCAAACCGCCACCACCACUAGUCCCAUUUUAGGGAUUACUAUAACUAUGGCCACGACUACAACAAGAACAUUUGUAGAUAACAUCAUCACUGUCGACCGUCCCCCAUCCUCUACAAACACAUCUGCCUCGCAAGGACUUGUGCCAACAGGAUCGCCAAAUGGAGUGGCCAAGGACGACAAGAAUGGUGGGCUGAUGCUGAUUGUAUCGCUAGCUGUAGUGUUUGGCGUGCUGGCAGGGAUGGGUAUGGUGAUUUGCUGUCUUCUCCACCGAAGGAGCGCCAAGCGACGGCAACAUUUGUUUGGAAAAGGCCCUAGUCCACACAGUGUGCUUGUAUCAGCAGGUAAAAACAAGGCUGGAGCUAAGGAUCAAGAAGGAAGUGGACCCACCAUAGAUGAAGGAUCUUCACAGGAAAUGGCAGAGCACCAUCGGAACACCCAUCUCUCUCGGAUAGAUAGCACAGUCAGCCUCGGACAGAGAACUCUGGGACUUGCGACCCGUCAGGACAGCCGUAAUUUGUCUUCAACGCAGGCUUACUCCCAAUAUACUGGGCCGAAUGGUGAAGUAGCUCUUUCAGGCGGGCAGAUAGAUAUGAUGUACGGUCUUGGGAAUAGCCAGUAUGACGGCUACUAUAGCACGUCCAAUAUCUCUCAGCAACUGGUAUAUCCAAAUGCCUUCGCUGGAGCCCCUGACUACAAUAGCAACGACCAAUUGCUCCUACCACAUCCUCCAUCCCUGCAUCCCAGUGCACCUUCUAGUCUCAAUUCAAGUCGCCGAUCUAGCCAGUCUCCAGCGCUUCAAUUACAAUCAGAAAUAUCGCAAAUACCGAGCCCCCCUUUUGGAGCCACCAUUGUCGGGAAUGGUGUCGCUCCUAUAGACCAAAGGGGCUUUAUUGCAGACGCAAGUUUGGAGAAAGAGAGCGUCAACUUGAGGCGCAUGUCCACGCAGGGGGCUUACUCCUGCCGAUCAAGGAGCCCUCUCGCUUCAAGCUCUGGAGAUUUGCUCGAGCGCCCUCAUGCAGAUGGGCCAACGCAUCCACAAAGUGCAAAUAUCAUAAUCCCCCCCUCUAUUACUACCCGACCACGGUCCUUCAUGACUUCUAAUACCAUGUUUGCUGCUGGCACAGGUUCUGGUCAGAAUCAAACUCAAGGUCCUCAACCAAUCUCAUCACAGCAACCUCAGCAGUAUUAUCAGCAACAGCAGCAGUAUCCACAAGUGGGUUACUAUACUGGUUCACAAAAUAACUAUAACUACAAUCCAACAGGCCCUUACCAGCAGCAACAUUCAAGCCCUUAUAUGGGCCAAGCACAAUAUAGGCCUCAGGAGCUUGACGUAUCUGAGCCAGAAUUGAAAUCAGAUGUUGAGGCUGACGAUCAACAACGUCGCACUCAAACAGGUUCAAGCCCCUAGGCAACAUCUGCAAGCCUUACUUUAACUAAAGCAUCCCCACCUGGCCAGGUUGUCUCGGGAUCUACUUGUGACUCUGGUGCGAUAAUAAUAAUUAAAAAUCAUAAUAUUGACGCCUCAUAAUAAUAAAAUGACCACAUAAUAAUA